AAAAAAAAAGACAAUGCAAUUAAUGAGUUGGAAGAAAAAUGUUUGCUCCUUGAAAGCCGAGUUCUGUCAUUAGAGCAAGAAAAUGAUUCUUUAAAGUUAGCACUAACAAUCAUUACGCGAGAAAAGAGUGAAGUUGAAAACAAUCAACUACAAUCAAGUGAUCGUUGGUCCGUAGCAAAGCCGCACCCGAGAAGUACAAAUGCAAAACAUAGGCAGAAAACAAUGCCCACUAAUAUAAUUCAAACCCGUAACGGAUUUGAGCCUCUUCAAGUUGAAGAUCAAAUUGAAAGAAAUGUAAGCAAUCAGAAUGGGAAUAGCGCUGUCAAAGGACACAGAACAUCUCCGUCGUCCUCAGAGAUCAGAACGCGCAACGCUGACUUAAUCAAUUCGUCAAAUCAACUUGAUCAUUCACAGCCCAACCGUCAGAAGAAAGUUAUUAUAGCGGGGGAUUCUACUCUUAAAUACCUACAAAGCCAUAAAAUGUCCAAGAAUUCACAAGUUAAGAUAGCCACCUUUCCGGGAUGCACAACGCAAGACAUGAAGGAUCAUAUCAAGCCACUACUACGCAGAAACCCAGACGAGAUAAUUAUCCAUGUGGGAACCAAUAGUUUACGAUCCUCCAAUACUCCUCGUGAAUGUGCAGUAGAACUGAUUGACCUAGCCGAAGCAGUCAGCUCUGAAUCCUCAGCCAUGAUAUCUAUAUCCGGUCUCAUCAAUAGAUCUGAUGAUGAAGCCCUUGCAUUUAAAGUACCUGACGUGAACAAAGUUCUUAAGGAAUGCUGCAAGCAAAAGAACUGGGGUUUUGUUGACCACUCUAACAUUUCAAUAACUAGCCACUUAAAUCGAAGUGGUCUUCAUUUAAACAAGAAAGGCACCACGCGCCUAGCUCAAAACUUCAUUAACCAUUUACGUGUAGACUAG